AUGAAUUCCUUCGGCACCAAUGCCUCACAGAGGUCUUUAAACACCUCGUCCCUUCUCGCGCCAAGGGUCCUCUCCAUAACAGACAACACUUGGACACACCAGAAAGUGCUGUUAAUCUCAGGGACGAUCGGUGACCCGUCACUGAAGCCGCUGGACGGCACUUUGACCUGUUGCCAUCACCAAGACAGCUUCCCCCCGACCAAUUGGCCUGUCCAAGACUCUCACUUCAAAGCACUAGUCCACCUACAACCUGGGCCAAAUCGGCUGCGUCUGGACUUUACUUCACCAAAGGUGUCCUCCGGCACCACCUCAAUCCCAGCGCAUUCAUCUUUCAUCCAGAUCAAUUACCUUCCUCUCAACUCGUCUCCGCCUCUGCAUUUAGCCAUAAUUCUUGGGAAGGAUUCCCCCGGAACGUAUGAUGCGGUACCCGAGCGGUUACAGAGGGAAGGGAAUGGAUUGGAUAUUGCAACUAGGAAAUUCCGCAUGGCAGCAUACUUAUGGCAAGCCUUCACCGGCGAACAAAUGUACCGCAAUGGUCUAGGUCGUCGGUGCUUCAGAAUUGAAGAACAAUGGCAACCUGGCACACUUACGUACGAGGAUCAGAAUACCGGAACGAUGCGAAACGAGGCCAAAAUCCAUAUAAUCAGAUCGAAUAAGACCAUGGCUGAGAUCAGAGAUCUCGAUCUUGCGCAACAGUACGACAAGGCUACCAAGAAAGGGGACCUCUUUGGAAUUGCUGGGGAUGCGGUGAAGGAAUACUUUCAGCUCAAACCUGGGCAGAAGCACUACGUCUCGUGCUUGUUUCUUGACACUCACUGGGACCCGAAAGUGAAAGUCGUUCGGGGACAUGCUGCGCUUGGCGGCGGCGAUGGCGACCUUCAGCUUGCUAUCUUCGGAUCACACGCGCUACAGAGCUAUCCAGCAAGUCUUGAAGAAGUUGUGCCCGCAUUCUCAGAUUGCACGAAGACUGAUACGGCGUACGUUGCAAACGACUGCAAUGAGUCCGGGAGCAACUGGGAGGCGGCCAACAUUGGCAUUGGUGCCCAUAUGCAUGAAACAGGGCAUUUGUUCGGGUGCCCGCACCAAGAAAGCGGUGUCAUGUUACGCGACUAUGUUCGACUCAACCGAACGUUUACGUGUAGGGAACCUUACUCCACGCGCACAAAGUCUCCAGGACAGCGCCUUGUCUUGCAACAAGACGAGUGCGCAUGGCACAGACUGGACUGUCUGCGGUUCCGCUUCCACCCUUGCUUCAAACUUCCGUCUGACAUGACGCCGAGCGCCGACGGAAGCGUUCAAGUCUGGACAGUUGAUGGUGGAGUGCUAGCCACGGCGCCAACUGGUGUAGCCUGGAUUGAGCUAUACACAGAAGGAGACGACCUUUGCCGUACUCACAUCGAGUACUUCGACCCGACCAGUGGCAAAUCGCCUCCUGCCCACGUUUCGCUCACCGAGUCUGACCUGCGAGACCGGUUACCCAGGGACAAACGAAACAAGAAGCUGAAGCUGGAAAUCUACUCAACCGGCGGAGGAAAGCAUGUCGUAGAGGACUUUAGCCAACUUGCCAAUACGAAGAACUGCCGUGUUCGCCUUCCAGAUGGCCGAUGGGGCUUUCGCGGCAGCAAGCUUGGCUUCUCUCAAAUGGAAGGCUCUCAACCGCAGGAGGUCAUAAUCGACAGUUGUUACAUCCAAACCAAACUCCUCAAGACCAUUAGAGUCUACCAUGGAUUUGCUGUGGAUGGAAUUGAGUUCUUCUACGAAGACUCGGAGAGCCAGCUGUUCGGGAAGAGAGGAGGAAAGGCUGGUGGCUCAGAAUUUACUUUGGACACUCGGAGAGGCGAGCUCCUGAUGGGCUUUUACCUGCGAGCCGGCUUGUGGAUUGAUGGGUUACAAAUUCUGACUAGUCUGGGACGGAAAAGCGAAAUCUUCGGGAAUCCUACUGGCGGCAGUGGACAUACCCUACUGCCUCCCCGCGGGUACAUCAUAGCCGGCAUCUCCGGUUCUUGCGCAGGAUGGCUGGACGGCUUUUCUCUAAUCAUCACUCGUUGA